AUGAGAUCUAUUGGAGGAAUCCCAAAAGCUAUAGCGAAGCUCACUAAUCUUGAAUCUUUGGACCUUUCAAGGAACAAGCUAGAGGGAAUAAUUCCUUUGGAGUUGAGUCCUGGACUCAAUUCCCUUGAGUUCCUCAACCUCGCUUAUAAUCAUCUCACAGGGCUUAUACCACAGGGCCACCAAGUUGAUACUUUUCAAAGUAGUUCCUUUGAAGGAAAUCCAGGGUUGCGUGGAAAACAAAUGCUAAAAGAAUGUAACACUAAUUCUGGAGGAUUGCCAACUCCAUCUUCAACUAGUUCAGAAGGGUCUGGAUCAUUGGAUUGGAUAGCAAUAUUUCUGGGCUAUGGAUGUGGAUUCCUAUUUGGAACAGUGAUUGGGAAUGUUGUAAUCAAAAGGAAACAUGAUUGGUUUACCAAGACUUUCUCCAAAAUUCAUGGAAGCAGGCGAAUGAGCUUAAUUAUAUUCAAAUGCAUGCAUGUACUGUAUAAUGAGUAA